CAAAGGCAGCAAGAGAUGGAGAUACCUGAAGGGAUGCUCCGGAAGCUAGAAAUCAGGAAUGAGGAGGAUCUGCAGUCCGUAUCAGCAGUUGCAACCCACAUGUUCAGUGAUGGGGUAACAAACUGGGGGAGAGUGGUGACACUCAUCUCUUUUGGUGCCUUUGUUGCAAAGCACCUGAAAAGCAUAAACCAGGAGAACUGCAUCAACACGUUAGCAGGGAUCAUCACAGAUUUGCUUGUGACAGACAAACGAGACUGGCUAGUCAGCCAACGAGGCUGGGAGGGAUUUGUUGAAUUCUUCCAUGUAGAGGAUCUAGAAGGUAGCAUCAGAAAUGUUCUGAUGGCCUUUGCAGGCGUGGCUGGACUGGGAGCAAGCUUGGCGUAUAUGAUACGGUGAGCCCCGGAACAUGGGGUCAGUGACUGAAUUCCAAGCGAGCUAGUACUUGAGACUGGAGCUAGACACCUGCACGCUUUCAACUGUGGAGUAUUUACGAAUAUGUUCUUGAGGGAUCACAUCUGGGAAUCCCAUUGGUCCUCUUGCAUACAGGAAGGUUGUCAUCCAAUCAGAGUGAGGAUACCAACAAGGAUUUUCUUUUGCUAACGGGAGCAGAAAAUGGAGGGAUAAAAAAACAAGGACAGUAUUCCACAUCUUCCAAGGCAGAAUCACAACUGAAAGCAUAAGAGGACUAGAAAUAGACUCUUUUUUUUUUUUUUUAAAUCCCUAGUGGAAUGGUUCCCCUGAGCAAGUCUAUGUGCACCAGGAGUUUGUUUUGGUUUUCUUUUGUUUUUUGUCUUGGACUUCUUGAGUUUGUUAGAUUUGGAAUGAUGGCCAUGUGUGGAAUGGGUUUCAUUUUAAUUUAGCACAGUCCUGACUGUAGGCUACUGGGGAAUAAAUAGGGCCUUAGCAUUCAUUAGGUCUGGAACGACCAGCUUUCUUGUUAAACUAGAAGCAUUUGGAUGCCAAUCACCACAUACAUUCCAUGAGCAAUAGAAGGGUUCAGUUGCCUUGAAAGCCAAAAGCCCUGACCUCCUUGCUGUAGCUACUUUACUAUUGAUAGCCUGUUAAAAGGCCUCAGCCUAUUGUAUGUUAGCUCUCUAGGCAGUAACAAUUGCCCCCUCAGAUCACAAAAACAUCUGAGGCUAAAGAUGAGGUGGGGAGUGCAUUUGUAAGUAUGUAAAAACUUGUGGGUGGGGAGGCUGUACAGAAAGAACCGUGUAAAUGUCUAUGAAACUGUAGCAUAUGUACAUUUUUACAAAGAUUUAUCUCUUUUUGAUAAAGGUGUAAUGAGGACUUUUGAAUAUGGCUCCAGAAUUGUGACCACUUCACAGACAUUGUAGCAUUUUUCUAUAACCAAACCUUCUCUCUUGACUUGCCUUCCAGAAGCUCUCUUCCUUGUGGCCUGGUGACAAUACUACUUCCUUGGUAUAAAGAUCAGGAACCCAGUUGGUUCUCUGUGUCCUGUCACCUUUUCUGGCAACCGUUUAAGAUUCUAAUUUUAUUUUUUAUCUAGUUCAGGUUCAGUUGGGGGUGCCCGUCUUAGCAACAGCUGACGGCAGUUGUUUCCUUUUCCUUCUGCAUUUAUUUUUUAACUAUUUCUUAAAGACCCAACUUGAAGGUGAACUACUUGAAUGUAACAAUCUCUGCAACAAUAAAAACAGCUGAAUCGGAUUGAAUCUUUGAUCAAUACUAUGCAUCCCUUAACCUGACAGUCUAAAUUCAGUCCUUCAGCAGGUUAAACUUCAGGCUGGACAUGGUUGGCAGGGUGAUUGGAUGUUGAGUUUUAGAGCUCUGUUCAGCAGCUGGCUUGUUACCUGUUCUGUAGAGCCGCUUCACUCGAAUUUGGUCGGAGUGAGGUUUGAAUGCGGUGAGGAUUAACCUGCCUAGUGCUGGAAGCUAAUGUAAAACUAAAUUGAGACUAAACAUGGUGCUAACAUGAGGCUUGCUUAUUUACUCAAGUGAGCAUCCUGGGUUUGUCAAUAAAUGAUGUUUUUCUGUUCCGUUAUGCGGUAGCAACUUUUUUGUUGUACUUCCUUUACAUAGAAGCUAAGGCAACUCUGCUGAGUUAUAAUCCCAAAGCUAUUCCACUCAGCCUUGGACCUUUCCCCAGGAAGGUGUGACAACCCACCAGUUUAUGCUGUGAUCCUCCUUUGUCUCCUUGCUUCCAGCUGUCCCUAAACUUUCUGCAAAGGGUCUUCACUACAAUGGGGAUCUGAGAAUGCCUGUGCUUGUGUUCGUGACCCCCAAGUAUGCUGCAGGCCUGUGCCCCCAGCUACCAGCUUGCUUUGAGAGUUAAAUGAAUCCAAGAGACCACAGUUCUGAGGAGGAGGGGGUUGAAUCCUCGCUUUAGGUAGUGGAAGCUGCUCUUCAGCCCUUGCAGGCAAGGCGUGCAGCACAGACAUCACACAGGGCUGCAGGAAGGCGUUCCCGGUUGCAGCGGGUGGCUGAGCCCUGCUUAGCCACAAAGGGAGCGGCUGGUUUAGAGCCUGAAUGCACCAUGGCUGCAACUCUUAUCUAGUUUUCUUAUUUGAAGGGUGUCAGUUUUUUUCCAUCAGCAUUUCCUGCCCUGCUUGAAUGUCAGGCUAAAUUGUGUACAAAGUAAAUAUGUUCCCCACCUCCUCCAGGAAAUGUGCUUGCUCUAUUAGAUCCUAGCUCCUCUGCCACUUGGGCUGGUUGGUAUGCUUUCCUGUGCACAGUCUCCUACGAAAAUAAACCACAUAAGCAUAUGA